UUGCAAAGGGUUACCAGACGUCACCAGACUUGCGGCUUACUUGGCUCCAGAAUAUGGCCGGAAAACACUCUGAGAGGAACAACCAUGCUGAAGCUGCUCAGUGUUUAGUGCACAGUGCUGCCUUGGUUGCGGAAUAUCUGAGCAUGUUAGAGGACCGCAAGUAUCUACCUGUGGGCUGCGUGACCUUCCAGAAUAUUUCAUCCAACGUGCUGGAGGAAUCUGCCGUCUCGGAUGAUGUGGUGUCACCAGAUGAGGAAGGCAUCUGCUCGGGAAAAUAUUUUACAGAGCUGGGGCUUGUGGGACUCUUGGAGCAAGCUGCUUCAUCAUUCUCUUUGGCUGGCAUGUACGAGGCUGUGAAUGAAGUGUACAAGGUACUGAUCCCCGUCCAUGAAGCCAACAGAGAUGCCAAGAAGUUAGCCACCAUUCAUGGUAAACUACAGGAAGCCUUUGGCAAAAUUGUCCAUCAGGUAAAUAUGUAUGAUACUAUAAUGUCAUCCGAACACCGACUGUAUACAGCUUUAAUAGAUGCGACCUGCUAUUUGUUUUAUGCCGACCGACAUAUGUGCACUUUUUUCCAGAAUGAUGUUCUGAGUUCAUAUUUAAAUUGA